AGAAGGGUUGGACUAUGUAUCCUCGAUGCUCAACCUGUUUGUGAAGCUCAAGGAGCUGAACUCUGUCUCUCGUCUCUGAGCUCCUGCCGCCUGGGUCACAGAGCUCAUCUAUAACAAAAUGUCUGACACAGAAGAAGUCUUGGAGGAGGAAGUUCAUGAGGAAGAAGCACAUGAGGAGUUGACAGAUGAGUCAAAGCCCAAGCCUAAGUUUAUGACAAAUAUAACCCCCCCAAAGAUCCCUGAUGGUGAAAAAGUGGAUUUUGAUGACAUCCACAGGAAGCGUCAGGAGAAAGAUUUGUCUGAGCUGCAGUCUCUGAUCGAGGCUCACUUCGUCCAGAGGAAAAAAGAGGAAGAUGAGCUCGUCGCCCUCGUGAACAGAAUCGAGAAGCGUCGUGCAGAGAGAGCAGAGCAGCAUAGGGUCAGGGCGGAGAGAGAGAAGGAGAGGCAGGCCAGACUUGCGGAGGAGAAGGAGCGCAAGGAGCAGGAGGAGCAGCGUAAGAAGCUGGAUGAGGACGCCAAGAAGAAGAAGGCUCUCACAAACAUGACCCAGCAGUACAGCGCUGGACAAAAGAGUGACAGCAGAAGAGGAGGCAAGAAACAAACCGAGAGGGAGAAGAAGAAGAAGAUCCUGGCUGACCGCAGGAAGCCUCUGGCUAUCGAUCAUCUGAACGAGGAUAAACUCAAGGACAAGGCCAGCGAGCUGUGGCAGUGGCUGAUGGAGCUGGAGGCUGAGAAGUUUGAUCUCAGUGAGAAACUCAAAAGGCAAAAGUACGAUAUCAACCAGCUUCUUUGCCGAGUCCAGGAUCAUCAGCACGUCAAAGGUCGUGGCAAGGGCAAGAUGAGCGGCCGGCUGAGGUAAAGCAGCUGCCGGGCGAGGAAGAGGCAGAACGAGACACCAGUGAUCGGCCCAUGCGUC